AUGGAGGAUUUCAUUCAUCGUCAAGUUCCAUUUAUAUUAGCUAAACAAGCUACUCUUCUUCAAAUCGAAAAGAUUAUUAUUCAAAGCGGUAAAACGCUAUCUGAUUAUAACUUGCCUGUUGUUGAUGAAUUCAUAGAUUUUAAUCUAGAAAAUUUAAAUGAUAAUGUUCAGCAAUCAAUUGACGAAGCUAAUCGAAUGAGACCGCUUCUUAAUGUCAAUCAAUUAAAUGUAAGUAAUGCUGUCCUUGCUGCAUUGAAUAAGCAACCAUGUGUAGAAAAUCAACAUUCCAGAUUGUUUUUUAUGGAUGGACCAGCUGGUAGUGGUAAAACUUUUACAUAUAAUUAUUUGAUUGCUGAAAUGAGCAGUAGGGGUGUUAAAUCUGCUACAGCUGCAUGGACUGGCAUAGCAGCAACUCUUCUUACAAAUGGAUCUACGCUGCACGGGUUAUUUAAACUUCCUGUCCCAAUACUGGAUAACAGCACAUGUAAUGUGACUCCUAACUCUAUUCAGGGACAAUUUUUAAGGCAAGUUAGUUUGUUUAUGCUUGACGAGACAUCCAUGAUUCCCAAACACGCUUUAAAUGCAAUCGAUCGGUUGUUAAAAGAUGUUUGCAACAACAACUUUCCAUUUGGAGGAAAAGUCAUUCUUUUUGGUGGUGACUUUAGGCAAAUUUUGCCUGUUGUGAAAAGAGGGAGACCAGCUGAAGUUGUAGAAUCAUGUAUAAAAUGUUCUUUACAGUGGCAAUGGGUGCAGAAGUUUACAUUAACUGAAAAUAUGAGAGUACGUGAUGGAGAAGGAGAUUUUUCCGAAUGGCUGUUAAAACUUGGUAGUGGAACAAUACCUGUCCAGGAGGAAGAUCCUUUUAAGGGAUAUGCUCAACAAGAUGAUUAUGCUAAACGUGUCAUUUUAACACCCACUAAUGUGGAUUCAUUGUCAAUCAAUAAAGAAGUGCUUGAACGUCUACAUGGAGAGGUAAAAACUUAUUUAAGUGCUGAUCAAAAAGACACUGACGAUCUUAAUGAAAUAAAUAACUUCCCUGUUGAGUUUUUGAAUAGCUUAACUCCCUCAGGUAUGUCUACUCAUUGUUUAAAAAUGAAAAUUGUUUGUGUAAUUAUGCUACUUAGAAAUUUAGAUCUUAAAGCUGGGCUAUGUAAUGGAACCCGAAUGAAAGUUUGUGCUCUCCAAAACAAUUAUAUUGAUGCAGAGGUUUUGACAGGUGUUUCUAAAGGUAAACGGGUAUUUGUUCCUCGAAUUCAGUUGGCUCCAUCAGAUUCUAAUUUACCUUUUGUUCUAAAACGUCGUCAGUUUCAGUCAUCAGUUUUCGUCGUCUGA